GUCCCUCCUGCUCCCCCAGCUGCUGUUGUGUCCUGCCUGGCUGCCCGGUGUCUGCUACACUGCUCCCCGCUCUGCCCGCUCCUUCCCCGGACCCCGCCUCGCACCGCCCCGGCUACCGAACUCCCAGUGAAUGCACUAGCCAGCAACCAUGACAGGCAUCGCCGCCGCGUCUUUCUUCUCCAACUCCUGCAGGUUCGGGGGUUGUGGGCUCCAGUUCGAGUCUCUGGCCGAGCUAAUCGUCCACAUCGAGGACAAUCACAUCGACACAGAUCCUCGCGUUCUGGAGAAACAGGAGCAACAACAGCCCACCUACCUGGCCCUGAGCUACAUCAACAGGUUUAUGACGGACGCGGCACGUCGGGAGCAGGAGACCCUGAAGAAGAAGGCCACACCCAAACUUUCCCUGUCAAUCACAGGUGGCGUGUCUCGGAACAGCGUGGCCACACCUCCACGGCACAGCAAUGGCAACCUGACUCCCCCCGUGACUCCUCCCAUCACACCCUCCUCCUCCUUCCGUAGCAGCACGCCCACAGGCAGUGAGUAUGACGAUGAGGAGGUGGACUAUGAGGAGUCAGACAGUGAUGAGUCCUGGACCACGGAGAGUGCCAUCAGCUCGGAGUCUAUCCUCAGCUCCAUGUGUAUGAACGGAGGAGAGGAGAAACCCUUCGCCUGCCCUGUGCCUGGCUGCAAGAAGAGAUACAAGAAUGUGAACGGUAUUAAAUACCAUGCCAAGAACGGCCACCGGACACAGAUCCGUGUGCGGAAGCCCUUCAAGUGCCGCUGUGGGAAGAGCUACAAGACGUCCCAGGGCCUGAGACACCACACCAUCAACUUCCACCCGCCUGUCUCCGCCGACAUCAUCCGCAAGAUGCAGGGCUAGAAAAAUAAAAAUAAACAUUUCCCUAUUCCUCACCAGCACUCCCAACCCCAACCACCAUACACUUUUUCAAUGUCAAUAUCCACCCCACCCCACCUUGACCAACCAACCAAAACAUAUCCCUAUCCCUUCUGGCCCAACCUUAGGGGUGACAACCCAAACCCCUAUCCCUUCUGGCCCAACCUUAGGGGUGACAACCCAAACCCCUAUCCCUUCUGGCCCAACCUUAGGGGUGACAACCCAAACCCCUAUUCCUUCUGGCCCAACCUUAAUAUGCUGACCACACCGCCCACGUUGCAAAAUAAAUGUACAGAUCCAUGUCAUUCAGUCAUUACACCCACACUGCUGGUGUCUGUUCUAUUUGUGAUGCUUAACGCACUGCAAGUCCCGCCUCUCCCAUUUCAUUUGUUUUUAGGAGCAUAUGCUCACGUGGGUGAUUGAAAGAUGAACUGAGGUCCACACUCCAGUCCAGUCUGUUGUGGUAAUGCGCCUUAAAGUUGGUUGCCAAGCGCCAUAUAAAAUCAGAAAAAGAAGGCUGAAGGAGGAGAGAUUACUAGAAACUAACUCGGUUUACCCUUUUAUGUGUGGAUUAAUUGUCAGAGUAGAGGACCUUGUGCAUUUCAGGUAAAAUAACAACCCAGUGUUUAUAUCCCAGGACAAAUUAGCCUGCAACAGUAAGCUAGCUAGCUAUUGGCAAAAAUGUUUAAUACUUUUCGACCUGUCUCCCAAAUUAAUAUAGUUGGUCCAUGGCUUGUUUUGAUAUUUCAACCUGCGUGUCCUGAUUAGCGUCUGGUGUGGGGGGACAAAAUCAACAUACAAUGACGCACGCAGACGCACAUGCAGUCUGGUCAGCAUGUAACCUUAAGGGUGAUAACCCAAACCCCUAUCCCUUCUAGCCCAACCUUAGGGGUGACAACCUAAACCCCUAUCCCUUCUGGCCCAACCUUAGGGGUGACAACCUAAACCCCUAUCCCUUCUAGCCCAACCUUAGGGGUGACAACCCAAACCCCUAUCCCUUCUAGCCCAACCUUAGGGGUGACAACCCAAACCCCUAUCCCUUCUAGCCCAACCUUAAGGGUGACAACCUAAACCCCUAUCCCUUCUAGCCCAACCUUAGGGGUGACAACCUAAACCCCUAUCCCUUCCUCCCACACACUAAAGGAUCUAGAGCAUGCUUUAACUUGUUUAUGUCUUGUAUUAUGUUCUUUGGUUUUCACAUGUUACUCUCUUAUUUUAAUAAUAUGCAUCUUUCUAGGCUUUUUUUGUUGUUUGUACAUUUGCACAUUCUCAUGCUAUCCCAACUAUUUGCGUGACUUUUUGUAUUGACAUACGGUGCUAACAAAAUGAAAACAAAGAAAAGAAAAAGAAAGAAAAAACAAAACAGAAGAGGAAGAGGAGUAAUGUAAAAGAGAAGGAGGAAGGUGUGGAUGUUGACUUGGAUUAUACAGUCUAUAUAUAGAUAUAUAAACAAUAGAUGUGUGUGUAUAUAUACAAAUAUAAGUAUUCAUCAGCAUAUACUAAGUAGUUUCACUUUACUUUCAAGCUUUAUUUUUUUAUAUUCUUUUUCGAUAUAUUUUCCAGAUAUUAUUUUCUUUUGAUAUUUCAUCAAUACGUUUUUCUUCCAUUCCUCAACCCCGAGACAACCUGUCCUGUUGUCAUAGGUCAAACUUUAAACAGCUAGGUGACCUCAGUUCUAGAUAUCCCCAGCAGCAAAAACAAAGAGACUACGGCUUGAAUCCUAACUUCAGAUCUGCGUCCCUAAAUACAUUUUUCACAAUUCUGAUUGAUUUUAAUGCACAGAUUUCAUGUUAGUGUUCAGCCCAUAUAGAGAAACAAGGAAACUAUUGCAUUUCUUCAUUCCCUCUGUUCUAGAACGGUUCUAUGAUUUCAGAAUGGAUUGUGCAUCCUGUAUUCUAGGUUAUUCCAGACUGUAGUGUGAGCAGACCAGAUGAGGCAUCAUCCUGUAUUCUAGGUUAUUCCAGACUGUAGUGUGAGCAGACCAGAUGAGGCAUCAUCCUGUAUUCUAGGUUAUUCCAGACUGUAGUGUGAGCAGACCAGAUGAGGCAUCAUCCUGUAUUCUAGGUUAUUCCAGACUGUAAUGUGAGCAGACCAGAUGAGGCAUCAUCCUGUAUUCUAGGUUAUUCCAGACUGUAGUGUGAGCAGACCAGAUGAGGCAUCAUGCUCUAUUCUAUUCCAGUUGCCAAGUAUUGUUUCUGGUUACUUUUCCAUGAUCAUUGCCAACAGCUCUCUACUGCCAAACAUUUACAUUACCAUGUGCCUGAGGGGGGAGGGGGAGAGAGACUGUCAUACGGUUUCAUCAAAGAGGUGCGCACGCGUGUCAAGAGAACACGGGUCUCAUUGCGCCUCCAGUGUGUGUGUGUGUGUGUCGAUGGUAUGUUUUGUUUUUGUGCAUGUGUUUGUCUUAGGGUGUAUCUCCAGAGAUUACACCUACAAACUUUUAUUGCCUUGCGUUGUAGACUACAGCAUUCCAGUACAGUCUGUGUGAGUGUGUUGCUUCUUAGCCAAGUCUUUCUGCAGUAUCUGAGCUUUUCAGCUUCUUGUGUUAUUAUUCCGCCUUCUGUUACAGUCCUCCAUAGUGUUAUAAUAUACGGCUGUCUCAAAUGACACCCUAUUUUUGUAUACGGGGAAUAGUGACAUUUUAGAUGAGUUCUGUGUUUUAAAUGACACCCUAUUCCAUAAAGUGCACUACCUAUGGAAUGCCAUUUGGGAUGCAGAUAGUGUCAUAACCAGGACCUUGCCCAUAGCCUCCUGCUUUACAGAAGCAGUCUGAUGUACUGUCAAAUUGUGUCAAGGUAAGCAUGUUCUGGCCUAUUUGUGAUACCAUGCCUUCAGAGUACAGCAGAGUGGUGGUGUAGUGUUAAAAAGUGGUGUCCGUUGGGAAAAUGUUACCCCGUGCCAGGCCCAAAAACAUUUCUAACCUGUUCUGUACUGUGAUAAUGGUCUGAGUCUGAUGGUACCCCAACACACACGCUUGACUGUUGCCAUAACAACCCUUGACAUGGGUGUGGCAAAGUGCACCUGUAUUCACAAAGCGUCUCAGAGUAAGUGCCUCGCUAAUAACAGAAGCCUUUGAAACCAUAAUGAAUACGAGCGGGGACCUGAUCCUAGAACACCACUCCUACUGAGACACUAUGUGAAUACAGGCCCAGCAUACGAGAAAGAGGAAGGUAGCAUUGUUUUUGAUUGUGGCUGUACAGAACGCGUUCUGGAGUCUGUGCCAGGUUUUCAGUACUUGGAAGCCUUGGCUCCAGCGCAUUUUGGCGAGGGGACAGAGACCAGAGUUUGCGAUCUGUCAAACACUUAUAAACCUGGCCUCUCCCCGCAGAGAUGCAGGUCACUAUGGUUACAGUUUAAAAGGGAGCCUGACAGUAUUACACAGCGGGGAUGUGAGGAGUACAGUACAAGCGUGUGUGAGGGGGACUAUUCUGAUAUAUUGUGUACAGUGAAUGUAUUGUAAUGUGUGUCAAGUGCGUUUAAAUUAUAUUUUCAUAUGUUAAGUGGAGAACAAUGUUUCCUAUUUGUACGGAGGCAACAGAGGGUGUGAGGAAGGAGACCUGUGUACUAUAUCAAACUGUUUUUACAUAAGCUGCUGCUUCAUAAAUGUGAACACUAUUACAUAAAAAAUAAAGAGAACAUUAGCCA